UAUUUUUUAUUAAAUUAAUUUAAUUUUUACUUUCAGUGCCGUCUUCUGAACGAACAUUUAAAAUUUUUUUUUCAUUUAACCAAGAUAUGGUUUGGUGUGUAGAAGGGAUUAAUUUCCAAAAUUAUAUAGCAAUAACAAGUAAUAAUGACCAUGCUCGUCGCUUUAUGUGGGACCGGGUUAUGGAAGGAGGAAUCGAGACUCCUGAUAAUGGAGUUCAUCGUAUAGACAUGAGUGAAAAUGGUCUGGAUUUUAAGUCAAUUGACAGACUUACAGACACCGAAGAUGACUCAAAUAAAGAUAAAGAUAAUUCUUCAGAAAAUGAAACGGACAAAGAAAAGUUAAGCAGUAACGACGACGUUUUAUUAAACAAUGAUAUUCAGGUACAAGAAGUUAUUAAGUCAAGUUCUCAAAAUCGACCUGAAAUCCCUGUUUAAAAUUUCCAAUAGGAUCCUAUCAAAAGCGACAAAAGCCACUUAGAAACCCAUAAAUUUUAUUGAUUUCUAAGUGGCUUUUGUCGCUUUUGAUGGGAUCU